CACAGCUCUCACAUAUAUCAAAUGAGAUUUGUAUGGCGCAUUUAUAUUUGGUGCCUCCUUGUACCAAUAUCUAUGUGUUAAAGUAAAUAAAUAAACAAUAACAACAAAUAACUUCGUUUUAUAACCAAUCAAAAUUUAUAUCUGUAAUCCAAUCAAAAUAAAGUAUUUUCUGAUAUAAAAAUGAAUAAAUCGUCGAUUUGAUUUAAUCUUAUUAUUAUUAUAAUAAUCAAAAGGAAAUCAAAACUAUGUCCGAUACUACUGAUAAUAAUAAAAAUAGAAAUAUAGAAAAUUCUGAUAAAAAUAAUUUACAUUCUAUAUGUCCAUUAUGUUAUAUUUUGAUACAAGAGAUUAGAAAAUGUUAUGAACAUAUCAACGAAUCAUUACCAAUGGAUCAUCUUAAUUUAAAUAAAAAUAAAACAAUGAAUAAUAUCAUUGAUUUAAUUCAAGUGAACAAACAGAAUUCAAGAAGAUCACCAUCAUCGCCAACAUCACCGUCAACAUCAUUAAAACAUGAUCAUAUAUCUGUUAUAAUAUUAGAUGAAUUAAAACGUUUUUGUGAAAAUACAACAAUACGUGGUCUACCACGUAUAGUUCGUGCACAUAAUCGUUAUUUACGUUUAUUAUGGUUAAUAUUAGUAUUUAUAUUAAUAUUAGGUUGUUUUAUAUGUAUGCUUUUUUUAACUAGACAAUAUUUAGAAUAUAAUGUAAUACAUCCACCACGUGUAUUACGUCAUACAAUUAGUCCAUUUCCAUCAGUAACUGUAUGUAAUUUUCGUCCAAUUUCACCAGAUGGAUUAAAAUAUUUACAAAUGAAAGGUUGGAAAACACCAAGACAUUUUGUAUUAGAUUUAGCUACAUAUGCUCAAUAUAUUUUUUAUAAUAAACAUAAAAUUGAUGAAUAUAAUGCAGCUAGUGCAGCAUUUUCAUUAGCUGGAUUUUUAGAAAGUUUACCAAAUAAUGAAGAAAGAAGAAAACUUGGUUAUCAACAUGAUAAAUUAAUAAUUAAAUGUCAAAUAACCUAUUUAAAUGGAAGUAAACCAGUAGCCGCACCAUGUGAACGUAAUGGUAUAUGGCGUAAAUUUAUUCAUGCACAAUAUUUAAAUUGUGCUACAUUUGAACCAUUUAGUUAUUUACGUUCAGAUACAACAAAUAUAGAAAUGUAUAUUUAUUUAGAUGAAAUGUUAAAUCGUGCACAAUGUAUUGAUUGUUUUCAUGGUGAAGUAAAAUCUCAAUUAUCUGGUGCAUUAAUCACAAUACAUGGUGCUGAUACAUUACCAAAUAUUAAUGAUAAAAGUAUUAAUUUAAAACCUGGUACAUUAACUGAAUUACGUUUAUCUAUUAUAGAGAAUAUACAAAAAAUGCCACCCUAUGGUAGAUGUUCUAUCAAUCAUCCAAUACAAUUAAAUUUAUAUGAUAUGUUAUAUAAUUAUUCAGAAUAUGCAUGUCGUGAAUUAACUAUACAAAAUGAUAUUAUACAUUAUUGUAAUUGUUAUUCUAUUGAAUAUCCAUAUAAUGAAGAUACUAAUUAUAAACCAUGUACUAAUUUAUUACAAUUUAUCAAUAUAUCAAAUUGUAAUCGUAAUGAUUUAUUGAAAAUCAAUAAUCAUAAUACUACUAAUAAUCAUAAUAAUAUAAGUAAUAUAUGUAUUCAUGAAUUAAAUAAAUUUAUAACAAGAAUGAUGUGUAAACGUACAAUUAUAGAAAAUUAUUUACAUGGUGAAUUACCUAAUUGUAAAAUACCAUGUUCAUUUUAUUCCUAUGAAACAGAACAAUCAAUAUCAACAUGGCCAACUAAAAGUUGGCAAUUAACAUGGUUAAAUUCAUCAUAUAAUAAAAAAUUAGGUUUAUUUAAUAAUACAGAAUUUAUAUUAUAUCAUAAAGCAAUUGAAUUAUUAGAUUUAGGUAAUGAAUUAGAUGCUAUUAAUAUAUUAGAUAAAUUAAAUGUGUUAGAACGUAAAUUAUUAGCAAUAUUAAUUAAUCGACCUAAUUUUGAUGUACGUAAAGUUGAAGAAAAAGAAGUGAUUUCAUUAACGAAUUUAUUAUCACAAACUGGUGGUUUAUUUUCUAUAUGGAUUGGUUUAUCUAUUAUAUCAUUAGGUGAAUUAGUUGAAAUGUUUAUACGAUGUUAUAUAAGAAUAAAACAUACUACUACUACUACUACUACUAAUAAUAAUAAUAAUAAUAAUAAUAAUAAUGGUAGUAAUAAUACAUUACAUCAUCAUCAAAAUGAUGUAAUUCAUCAAGAACAAUGUUUAUGUAAGUGUAACCAUCUAUUAUAUAAUAUAAUAUUAAAUCAUUUACAUAAUAAUAAUAAUAAUACAAAUGAAAUAAUCAAUACAAUUAAUAAAAUGAUAAUCACUAAUAAUUCAUUAUUAUCAAUGAAAUCAAAUGAUAAUAAUCAAGAAAAAAUCAAUAUUAAUGAGCAAUUAAAUAUUGAAUAAAUUCGAUUGAUCAUCUAUUGAUUACGUGCGCACGCACACACACACAAAUAUACACACAUAUACAUUCGAUUGAUAUUCUUGAUGAUAUUAUCAUUGAUAAUCGAUCAUUGAAUGAUAUUAAAGUGAUUUUGUAAAGAUCUAUCUUAUAAUUAAUAAGAUCAAAUACAUGAAGAAUUACAAUCAUGAUUUAUAAUUAAUAAUUAAGAUUAUAAAUUUGAUUUAAUAUUUUCAUCAUGAAUUCAUAUUAUUUAUAAUGAUAAAAUGUUAUUUAGUCAAAUGGAUAGAUGGACGGAUGAAUUACGCGCUAAAUUUCAAGGUCUAUUAUCUUGUAUCUGAUUGGUUCGUUCAUAAACUAUAGUUACGCCGUAUUUUCAAUAAUAAUAAUAAUAAUAAUAAUAAUAAUAAUAAUAUUAUUAUUAUUAUGUAAUGACAAAUGAUUUAUGUAAAAGACAACAAAAUGUGUUGUAACCAUGUAAUUUUAUGAACAAAAAAAGGUUUAUUGUCUUAUUUUCAUAAGUUUGUCUCGGUGUUUUUUUUCAAUAUAAAAGAU